CAAGUUCUUACUUGUGUUUAUUUUUGAUUUAUUUUUUUUCUUUCAAGAAAUGGCACCUAUCCACAAGAACCCAAUCCAACACUUGCUACACCCAAACCAUUCAUUAACAUUAUUUGAUUCCAACACCAAAUAUGUAUGUGAUGGUUGCAAAACCCUUGGCAUAGGUAAACGAUUUAACUGUCCUGAAUGCGAUUUCGAUUUACACGAAUAUUGUGGAACAUGUCCAAUGAAUCUUUCUUCCUUCUUACAUCCAUACCAUUCGCUCAAACUCGUUAACCGCGUGCCACAUGGCAAUCGCCAAUUGGACCGCAUUUGCAAUGUUUGUUGUGAUUCUAUUGAAGGGUUAUUUUAUAGGUGUAAGAUUUGUGAAUUUGAUGUCCACCCUCUAUGUACUCUAUUGCCUCAAACACUGCGACAUGUCUUACAUGAGGAGCAUCGUUUAAGACUUCUAAGCUCUUCAGAAUCAAGAACAUGUGUUAUUUGUAAAGGAGCAUGUAACGCUUUUUCAUGGCGUUAUAGGUGUGCACUAUGUGAGUUCGAUAUUCAUAUGGAAUGUAUGUUGGUACAAUGCAAAAAGCAAAAAACAUGGCUAGGAAUCUCCAAGUAUGUUCCACCAUCGAUAUUUCCUAAUACUUUUCAAUAUUUUGAAUAUGAAUUUUCAUAUUCGAAUCAUAAUCAUAAUCAUAAUGACAUGUCUCAUCCACAUCAAUGUACUGAUCAUGGUACAACUAGUAGAAGAAUUGGAAAUGUUAUAUUUGUAAUAGUGAAAAUAGUUACUACUGCGUUGAUUCUUGGGCUGUGAAAUAGAAGAGGAUUAGACAGGGAGUUAUAUUUGUACUGGUGAAAAUUAGAUUUACUACUACAAUUAUAUUUGUACUAGUGAAAAUAGUUACUACUACUCAUAAUUUUAUUUUCCUAUGCAAGUCUACGACAUUGGAAGUAUUUUAGUA